AUGACUCGCGAUAUUGGCAUUAGAUUCCCGAAUCUUGGUGCAUUUGGCUCUACUCACAAUACGAAAAGAGAUAGCACGGCUCAAUUAUCGACCGGUAACGUCAACGCUCAGUUGGCUUCACCACAUCAACAUUCGGCCAGUUUUGGCAAUCAAGCACCGGGCUCUGUACCUUCUGCCAAUUCUCUUAACAAUUCGGUUUACAACUCACAGGUAAAAUUAUAUUAUACUUGGUAACAUAUGGUACCGUAACAUUUUUUAACUGAAAGAAUUUACCAAAAAGUUACUAAGAAAUAACCUUAACUUUUUACAUUAGAAUUAUAUUGUACAUAACAAUACCAAAUACUAACUAACAUUAAAUGUAAUAUUAAUAUAAUACUUUAAAGUCUGGUAUAUCCCCGACAGCAGCUACAGCACCGUCUUCAUUGAUGAGGUUCCCAUCCUAUGGUGCCCAGAUGUUAACAUCAAAUAGAAAUUCAAGUGGAUCUGACACUCGAUCAGCCUCGAUAUCUCUACCACGCUCAUCCAGAUACGACAACAGUAACCCGAACAGUAAUAUGGGCAGUAACUCUGCCAACUCGGCUCAAAGUUUAAAUGACCGGCUUUCUUAG